AUGAUCUCUCAUGGAGCUUCACAUCUCGGAGCUAGGCGAACGAAUGUGCAUUCACAAGGAACAGAAUUGGGAUUGGGGUUUUUCAGGGGAUACGUUGCUCAUGCUAGAGCUCGUGGAAACGGAAUCCUUUCCAGUUUGCCUAAUUUUAAGUGUGUUCCGGCGAACCCUAAGAUUCAUUACCGGUUGUUGUUCAGCGAAGGACCUAAGAAGAAUAAAGAGCCAGAGACAAAUACAGAUGAUCAUGGAAAUGUUUACUUUUGUCCCUUUAAGCUACUUUUUAUCUCUACUUUGGAGAUGGUGCUAAUCACGGUUGCAUUAUGUUAUCGUCGUGAAGGACAACAGAUUAACUUUCAGGAGUUUAAAUAUGAGCUUUUGGAGCCAGGUUUAGUAGACCAUAUUGUUGUGUCAAUAAAUAAGUCAGUUGCCAAAAUAUACGUGAGGAAUACUCCACGAAACCAAACAGACAGUGAAGUUGUCAAAGGAACCCUCCCCGCGAAGGGAACUGGUGGGCAAUAUAAAUUUUAUUUCAAUAUUGGAAGUGUGAAAUCUUUUGAGGAGAAUUUAAAAGCAGCACAAGAAGAACUAGGCCUUGAACCCGAUGAUUAUGUUCCUGUUACAUAUUCUUUUGAAGUGGAUUGGUGGCAACAGGAGUUGAUGAGGGAUGGUCUAACAGCGAUUGCUUUGUUUUCGGGAUCCUUCCUGUUAUUCCUGUAUAUGAUAACGUGAUUGUAAGGUGGACUUGGUGUUGGGGUGGACUGACUUAGCAAUCCAUUAGUCCAGAUAAUAAAAUUUAACUUCCACAAGACAGCAAUGUGGAGCCGUUUAACUCGUAUGGCAUUAUAAGUUAAGUAGCAGUGUUACUAGUGUUAAUCAUAAGGGCGAAAUCCUAAGAACUCAAGUAACACAAGUAAUUGGUGCCUAUGCAAGGGAAGUAUUUCUCUGGAUGUAUUUCCUAUGUACUCUUUUCUAAGAUAAAGGAUACUUUUAUUGUGGAACUAUAAAUUAACGUGAACGUUUUU